AUGUCAUCUCCAACUUCCCCAACUGGAAGUACUCUUUCUUCGCGCAGAGGAUCCCACAAAUCGCUUUCCCUCGAUCUCUCCAAUCUUCCCCCUCUCUCACAACCCACACCUCCUUCUAACACCCUCCUCAUAACGAAUCUCAAAGACAGCGAGAUCUUCCGCGCCGACAACCUUCAAUCCAUCAAAGAACUGAUCAACACCUCCGCCCCCAUCCACUCCUGGGCCCCAUUAAAAUCCUUCUCCCGCAUCAUCGUUUCCUUCUUCUCGGAAGAAUCCGCCAUCCGCAUCCGCCAAAUCCUCGACGGCGAAGAAAUCAUGGGCGAGCGCAUGCGCGUCUAUUUCGGUCAACCUACAUCCAUCUCCCCAAAAGACACGCAUCUCAAUCUCCCCGACGCCGGAAAACUCUUCUUCAUCUCUCCCCCUCCCUCUCCUCCCCACGGCUGGGAAAUGAAAAUGGAAGAUGCCCCCAAUAAGCAAGUGCACGCCGAAGAUCUCGCCGAAGCCCUCGCGAAAUUGCAUCAUCGACCCACCACCGAUUUGCCCGCGAGUCCCAUGAGCGAUAAUGGCGAGUCGUUGAAAAUUGGACGAGGAAGAAGCGCGAGCACGACCACCAUCUAUGAUCCCCAGGCUCAUGGACACAGUCCCAAUUUGCCUGCGAUAGCGGUUGAGGAUACCACGGGAGAGGAUUGGGGUGUGUCUCCGCUGGAGACGGAGAAGCCGAUUUUGGCGCAUACUGCUAGGCCGCCGGUUGAGUUGAUGGAGUUUUAG